AGCCAGUGGAGUUCCUUCUCUUUCACAUAUCUUUCAUCAUGUCCAAGAAGGCCAAGUCCGCUCCCAAGGUUCAGGAGAACAUCUCGCUCGGUCCCCAGGUCCGUGGCGAUGAGGAAGUUUUCGGUGUUGCUCACAUCUUCGCCUCGUUCAACGAUACCUUUGUCCACGUCACUGAUUUGACCGGCCGUGAAACCAUCUCCCGUGUUACUGGAGGUAUGAAGGUCAAAGCUGAUCGUGAUGAAGCUUCUCCUUACGCCGCCAUGUUGGCUGCUCAGGAUGUCGCUGUCAAGUGCAAGGAGGUUGGUGUCACCGCCCUCCACAUCAAGCUCCGUGCUACAGGUGGUAACCGCUCCAAGACCCCAGGUCCUGGUGCCCAGGCUGCCCUCCGUGCCUUGGCUCGUGCUGGCAUGAAAAUUGGUCGCAUUGAGGAUGUCACUCCUACUCCCACUGACUCUACUCGCAAAAAGGGUGGUCGUCGUGGUCGUCGUCUGUAAAAAGUUGCUGCUAUCAACAUCUAUUAUCGGAUCAUGUCUUUUGUCGCUUCGAAGGUUCUUACGACAUGACUGUGAUGGAGCAGGAGCAGUUCUUUAUUGACUUUGCCAAUAAACGUGAUAGAACAAAUAUUCAUCCAGUAAAACUCUAAAAUUUGCACCAAUGUUUAUAAUAUAAAAACUCCAUUAAAAAAAAA